GAAGUUCACUCUCAAGCUCAUGUACAAUAUGUCUUCAAAUCACUUAACACAAAAUGGAGUGACCAUAGGCAACAAUUAUGGAACCAAAGGAAUGAUGGAACACGUACUAGAGAUGAAUUGAUUGCAAUGGUUCCAACAGGAAUAAAUACAGAUCAUUGGGCUUCUUAUGUUGACUAUCGUCUAACUUCAAAAAUGAAGGAAAUUUCCCAAAAAAAUAAGGAUAAUAGAAAGAGGCAAGCAUUUCCUCACACUGGUGGAUCCAAGAGCAUUGCAAGAAAGAGACAUGAGAUGGAACAAGAGUGUGGUCGUAAAGUUAGUAGAGGAGAAGUAUGGAUAACAACACAUAAACAUGCUAAUGGAGAAUUUGUAAAUGAUGAAGCAAGAGAAAUUAGUGAAAAAAUUAAAGCAUAUGAAUCAGAUGCACCAUCAUUUUCACAAGACAUAUCAACUCAAGAUUCUCUAGCACAUGCUCUAGGAAGUCAAGAACAUUGUGGACGUGUUCGAGGGAUGGGAUUGGGACCUUGCCCAUCUCGCUUGUUUGGAUACACUAGGCAUUCUCAUAGUGGGAUGGCUUCAUCUUCUUCUUAUAGACAAUUGCAAAAUGAGGUCACUGCCUUGAAAUCACAAUUGGAUGAACAAAAUAAAAAAUUUGAGACAAUGUUUAACUUUUUUGCGCAAAAUUAUCAAGGUCAAUUGCCCCCCAAUAUGGCAAUGUUUCAUCCUUCACCGGUUUCUGAUCAAGGAAGCGUACCAACUAAUGAAACAAAUUCUCAACAUGGAGAUGAACAUAUUUGAUAGUUGAUGAUGAGCAUACUAAUUUGCAGAUGAUUUUCUUUUAUUUUUGGAAAUUUGAUAGAACAUAUUGUACUAGUUUGUUUUGAGGAACAUAUUGUAAGUUUUUAUAUUUACUAUUUUGUAGGA